AUGCAGAGGCAGCUGCACUCGAGACUGCCAACACCGAAACCUGGGGAAGAGGGAGAAGAUCUUUCACGUCUACUUCCGGACCGAAGCAUUGUUGCCCUAGCAUUCAAAACUUACUUCGAAUACUAUGGCGACUCCAUAUUUUGCUUCUUCAGAGAAUUCGUACUUCUACACGAGCUUGAGCAAGGCAGAGUUCCAGUGAGAUUACAAUUCUGUAUCCUGGCCCUGAUGGCCAGGUUCAUCGAGCCAUGCUUCACUAUUUACAACGGUACGAUAGAAGCGAGCGAGCACUUUGCCGCUCUGGCACGUUCCUCCAUGACAAAUACGUUCGAUGAGAUGACCAUUCUCAACAUGCAAUGCAACCUCAUUCUAUGCGUCCAUUGGACCGGGAUGGGAGACGAGCACCGAGCCUGGUUCCAACUCGGGAUUGCAACGAGAAUAUGUACGGCAUUAAGACUUCCCUUUGAAGACUCAUACGCAUUGAAGGACGCAGCAUCUGCGGAGAUCAGACGUCGAACAUUCUGGGCUUGUUUUGCUCUUGAUCGCCUGAUGGCCAAUGGGGGUGAUAGACGACUUACAUUCAUAGCAUCGUCCAUCACCACAGUCUUACCAGGUAGCCGAUCUGACUUCCUCCUUGGACGCAGGAGUAAUGCCGGCACCAUCAACGAUCCAAUCGGAGGCGAUGAGUCUAUCACGGCUUAUACGCUUCGGCUCAUCGAUAUCCUUGGGAAUAUCGUAGAUUGGUCUGGAGCUGGCGGUCGGCACCUGGAGUAUCGAAAUCCGUGGGAGUUCGAUAUGCCGAUAUCACGAUUUGAAAGGGCGCUAGAUACAUGGCACCGGGCAAUCCCUUCCCAUAUGGGUUUCAGCGACGCAAACCAAAUUGCGUACCUGGCUAUAGGAGAAGGUAAGGCCUUUGGAAUCAUGUGGCUCUUCUUCUACAAUGCACGAGGGCAUCUGUACCGAGAAUAUAUACCCGUUGUGACGCCGACGGGUUGGGACCCUGGUAAGUUAACCGAAGCCAUGAUGGUUCAACGGUCCCGUUCGUACCAUCGUGGAACUAUAUUGACUUCGAGGUUUAAUUCUGUAGGAACUGGGCCUUGUGACGGUCCGGCGCUUCCUCGAGACAAUCCAAACCCCGAGUGGUGGACACGGUCAAUACGAAAUGGAGUAUCGGCCGCCGUCCAGAUAUCGACCAUUUACAAAUCCAUGACCUCGUCAGAGUUAAUUCCGUUAGUCAACCCGUUUCUGGGCUAUUGCUUGAUGACCUCGAGCACCUUUCAUAUUUGGUGUUCUUUGAACAAGUGGGAGAGCUGCGAUGGACUGCAGAUGGGAGAGCCUGUCAAGAAGUUGCUGAUCGACGACCUUCGAUACCUGAUACAGUGCCAGGAGAGCUGGCCCGUAGCAGCAUAUUGGGUGAAAACUCUCCGCAUGACCUACGAGCAGAACAGCUUAGCGAGUAGAGCCCAGAUCCCACCCAGCCCCGAGGAUACCAAGGCUGUAACAGAUAUCCGCUCAAAACUGCUCCACUUCGGGCAAUCGGUGGAAGAGCCCGAGGCCUGGAAAGGCUACUUGCCACCGCGGGGGCAUGAUAUGUUUGACUUGUUUGGCGGGAAGUUGGCGAAUCAGGAGCCCGAAAGUCAAGAGGCGAGUGCAUUGGAACACCUCCAGACUUCGGAUGAUAUGUUGCUGAACGAGCUUCUGGGAAUGGGGUAUAGUUAUUCUGAAGAUCUGGGUAAUUUGAUACCAGGGUGA